UUACUGCUAUGCUUUUGUGUUUUAGGGCCAGGCACAAUGACUGAUACAGAGCUGGACAAUGACGGUGCUGCCCUUGAAGACCAGAAGGAUGAAAAUGCUGAAUCCAACACAGAGGAGACAAAGCAGCAGCCAUCCCAUUCUGAGACUGCAAGAGCUUGGGAAAAGGACCACUGCGAUUACCUCUUAGACUCUAUUGAUGCUCAGCUCAGCCAGCUGGAGUGGCAGGGCUCUGGGGCAAGAAUUACAUGCACCAGCCCAGAAGUGGAGCAUAUCUCCCUGGAGUGUUCACCUGAUGCCUCACCCAUGGCAGAGAUGAAAGGAUGCUAUGGAACUAAGGAUAUCAUCUCCUUGGGUGAAGUUGGUCCCUCUCAGAAAGAUGAAUACAGCUGGAGGAUGAGGAACCUCCUUGGCUCUGAGCUGACCCCAGAAAAUCUGAGCUACCAGAGUGACUCGAAUUCCAUUUGUACAGAGGACUUUGCCACCAGGUUUGAGGAAGACAUGGUCGACCCUCUAGUGAAUUUUGAUGAGGAAGGUGGUGUGCUUGCUUUUGACUUCUCAACUGAGAACUCCACUGGGGAGGGAACUGCUGUAGGAAUGACAGCAGGAAGCACUGGUCCUUCUUUCUGUGUGAAGGAAUGUGAAAACACAUUGGAGGUUCUCACAAGCCAUAGGCAAAGAAAGCAUGAGUACCUGCAGCAGCCUAAGGAGGAGUUGGAAGAUGACUUAUCGGUGGCUUCAACUAGUGGUGUGGAAAGGCCCCAAUUUGUAAGCACUAGGAACAGGAGAGAGAGCCUGGAGUCUUUGGGAGGAAGGAUAUCCAGGCUGAGCCAGAGCAACACCAUGCACACAUCAAGCAGCAUGGGCACAGAGAGGGCCAGCUCCACAGGUAUUUGGACCUGUGGUCAUUUGACCCUGGAAUUGGUGAGGACCCCUGAAGAAAGUGCUUCAUGGCCCACAAUGCAAGGGAGUGAAGGCCUGGAGGGUUCAUCCAGAUGGGCUCAGCCUCUCCCUGGAGGGAGCAGGUUGCUGUUUGAAGAGCUGAGUCCUGGACAGCUGUUCAAGGCUCUAGGUGUCUCUGCUAGCCACACCAGGUCCUGGGAUGGAAGAACAGCUCAGAGUCCAUCCACAAGAAGACAGGCUGAACAUCGGCACAUCUCCUCAGAUCACCCCUCUCACACCACCACACUCAAAUCCACCUCCAAUGGCUCUUCCCUAGCCUCUGAAGGGCAGAUGAGAUCUCAGCGCAUAACCCUCCUGCAGACCAGUCAAGGGCUAUCCCCUGAGCUAGGGAAGCCCAUGGAACAGUGGUCAGCAUUGCAAAGCUCAGCUGUGAACAACCAUUUGUCUAGUAGACCUGAAAGUGCCCAGAUGCCCCCAGGUAAAGCCAAAGACAUCUGUGGUCUAACACAGGAUAGGUCUUGGGAUGUGAACGCUCUCCCUGCAUUCAGUCGACAAGAUCCCAGAACAGAUACAGAACUGACACAGCAGGAGGCAGUGACUCCCUCACGACAGUCUGGAAAGGACAUUGCUUAUGCGGUGGAAAGUGAUGGCAUAGAAGAAGUUUGGGCUAGCUCUGAGCUAGAGCAUCAGCCAGCAAAGAGGAGAGCUUGCUGUCCAAAUCCUUGUCCUGACUCAGACACCAGAAUCCCUAAGAGUUGUGGCCUGAACUUGGCUCCAGACAGUAGUUCUUCAGUGCCCAACAAAGACAAGCAUGUGGCUGUUCCUGACUACAACAGCAAUACACUUCAUUCGCCCCUGGGGGACUCAUUGGGGUGCUUAGACUCCAGCAAUGAUGAAGAGGAGGAGGAAAAGGAGUGUCUGCAAUCUAAUGACAGUACACAUUGGAGGAGCAGCAGCCUUACAAGAGUGAGCUUGAGCCCAAGCAGAGCAGCAGCAUCCAGUUGGAAGCAAGCUAAGAGGGAAAUCUGCCUAGACUACAAGCUCCACCCAAGCUCUGCAUGGUCCAGAGCAGCCCCCACAGUGGAGGUACUCACUGCCAACAAGGUGAUCCUGGAGGAAUCCAUUGCCAAACUGCGGCAGGUAUGAUGGCUCCUGAUUCAAUAAGUAGGGAUGAAAACCAAAAUAGCACGUACAAAAGGGAUGGGCCCAGAAGGAAGUUGAAGUUGGGGUUGGGCCAAGAAGGAAGGGAACACAACUUCCUGAAACUAACACUAAUUAUUUAUAGGCACGUCUUGCAUACAG